AUGUGCACCGUCCGAGGAACCACAGCGCCCCUCCGGCAUCUGAACCGCAUUCGAGUGACUUUCUUGGUCUUUGUUUCUGCCGCAGCCUUGUUCUGUUGCUUCGGGACGGGCGCUGUCGCCGCUGCAUCUCCGGUCGGGUCUCGCUACGCGCUCCCCCUGUGUGCCGCCUGCCUGUCACGCCCUAUUUCGGCGUUGGCCUCUCGCUUUAGAGGUUCCUCCUUCCCUCCUUUUUCUUCACUGCGUGAGGCACGCUCUCUGAGAGUGCCAGCCAGGCCGUCGGGGUCACAUACACCCGCGCUUAUACCGUCCUUUCUGCUGUCGCGCCCGUCGCUCCACCCGCCGCGUGACACCGAGCACUUUGCUAGCCGCCGAAACUCCAGUCAGUCCACACAGCCACCGUUCGCUGGUUUUAGGCCGCUUCGGGUCGGCAGCGGCCACGUGAGACACCGGCGCUUUCGGGCGUGUCCUGAAGGCGGUGAGCCGAAACCCGAGGCCCGGCCGCGGAAAAUCCGCGCGGACGAUCUCCUCGUCCAGCGGGGCAUCGCAGAGACGCGGAGUCAAGCUGCGUCGCUCAUUCUGCUUGGCCGCGUCGCUGUUUUCGUGGCGAAAAAGAAGCCAAAGACCCCAGCGCACGGAACCGGUGACGCGCUGCCCAGCGGGACCGAGGAUCCUCUGGGCGCGCCCGGCGAAAGGGGAGAAGACACAGACGCACACGAGAACCAAGAAAGUCAGCCUCUUCCUGGUCUGCAAGAGCAAGAUUCAGUCAGGGCCUCGAUCCGCCUACUACGGCAGCCCGCGAGCCCGCAGUCCCCGUUUGUGUCGCACCACGAGCUCCUGCAAGCUUGGCAUCGCGUGAUCUCCAGCGGGACCUUCCGCGUCCUCACGAAGGCGGGCGAGGCGCUACGCGCAGUUGACGGCCAGUGGCCUUCCCUCCUCUUGCACCCCGAGCCGCGGUUCGUGAACCGCGCUGGAGAGAAGCUCGAGGCCUUCCUCGCCAGCUGCUCCACCUCCCCCUCGCCUGCUGAGGCGGCCUCUUCUCUGUCUUCUGCCGCGACGCCUGGCGCUCCGUAUUUCAAGGGCCUCUCUGCUUCCUGCGCCGCUUCGGCGCCGCUGUCUUCCGCAGCCGAAGGCGCGGAGCUUUUCUCUCUGAGAGGCAAAACCGUCCUCGACGUCGGGUCCUCGACUGGCGGCUUCACAGACUGCUGCCUGCAGCGAGGCGCUCAGCAAGUCGUUUGCGUCGACGUGGGUAGAGGCGAACUACAUGCGAGUCUUCGCUCGGAUUCGCGAGUGGUUGUUCGAGAAGGCGUAAACGCGCGCUACCUCACGGCAGAAGACGUGGGCCGCAAGGAGUUCGAUUUUGUGGUCGUUGACCUCUCGUUUAUCUCCCUGAAGAAAGUCGUCGAACGCGUCUGGAGUUUUGUAAAACCCGAGGGAAUUCUCAUUCUUCUGGUGAAACCUCAAUUCGAGGUCACGCCGGCUGAGGCUUCGCGCUUCAGAGGCGUUAUUCGAGAUCCCGGCCUUCGCGCGCGCGUCGUCGAAGAGAUCCGCGCCUUCUGCGUUGCCUCGCUGCGCGGCUGCGAAGAGCUGGUGUCUCGCCCGUCUGCCGUCCGGGGGAAGCGCGGGAACAUCGAGCAGUUCCUCGCCCUCCGGAGGCGGUUGCAGGGCCAGAGCCCAUUAGAAAGAACUCGACUUCUCCCGCCAGCUGAGACGGCGCACUGA